AUUGUAUCGAUUUCUGGGUUUGUGAUCUGGCGAUAUUAAAAAUUAAAAUAAAAUGAAUGAAUAUACAUGGGCUAUAACAUUAAAUUAGCGUAAAACAUAAAAAUUGUAAAUUAUUGGAUAAUUCGACGCUUAAUCACAGCUCUUAUAAUGGCAGGUACUUAUUAUAUGUUAAAGUUACUCAGAAAGAAACGUAUGGCUCGUAAACUUCGUAAUCUUACAAAUGGAAACGUAAAUAACGCACAAAUAAUUACAAACCACACUUCAGAUGAUACUUUCAGGUGCAGGGUAUGUUUAAAGAAAGGCAGGAUACCAAUAUUUGGCGAUGAAAGUUUUAGAGAUAUUUCUGAAGAUAUAUGUUUAUUUGGUGACAUUGUAAUCAAUAAGGAGGAUAGUAAUCCUCAGCACUUGUGUGAUGCUUGUAACGCAUUGCUUGAUGCUGCCAUCAUUUUCCGGAGAACUGCAAAAGAAAGUGAAACAUUGCUUAUGAAAAGUUUAGAAAAAGACACUAAAGCACCUUCUGACAUUGAUGAAUAUGAUCAUGAGACAAAUACAGAUGAAAUUACUCAUAAUGAUGAGUACGAACCUCAAAUGCAACCUGUGAAAUCCUAUAACUGUAAGCUAUGUAAGAAGAGUUUCCAAACAAAUGAAGAAUAUGCAAGACACAGAAGCUCCAGGGAACAUAAGAAUGUAAGGAUACAAUGUUCUAUCUGUAAUCGUUUGCUAACAGCUCAGUUGUAUAAGAAACAUUUAGUCAGGCAUCAAACUGCAUCACACUUGAUAUGUGAAGUUUGCGGCAAGUUGUAUAGAAAAGACAAUUUAAUUAGGCAUCUACAGUUGCACAGCUUUGACUUACCGUUCCAAUGCCAGCUGUGUCCAUACAGAGGCAGAUUUAUCGAGUCACUCAGGAUUCACAUGAGAACACACACUGGAGACAAACCAUUUUGUUGUGACAAGUGCCAGCUUAGGUUCUUGACUCGCAGUAAUCUUAACAGACAUCUACUAACACAUAGGAAAGAAAGGCCAUUCAAAUGUACUGAAUGUGGAAGAGGAUUUUACACCAAGUGUGAUAUGGAUGUACAUUUUAAAUCAGAUCAUAUAGGGAUCAAAGAUUUUGGGUGCAGAAUGUGUGGAAGCAAGUAUGGCACAAGAAAAGCAUUGAUGAGACAUGAAUUGAGGGUUCAUAAAAGGGAUAAGAUGGCUAAAGGAAGAGUGCCAUUAUAUUUACAGAGUGAAUACAGAAAACAAAGUGAUGAGCGCAUGCAAAUUCGGAACUGAACGAACAUGGAAAAAUUAUAAUAAUUUCAGCCGGUACACACUAUAUGACAAAG